AUGGUUUCGUUACUAAGCUUCCUGUUCGGAUUGGCAAGACAUUCUGUUCUUCUACCUGCAGUCGCAGAGUUCGCCCAAGUCACCCAUUUAUGGCAUGAAGAAUCGAUGUUGGAUCAGAGUCAUGCACUUCACAAGAAAGACUUGUGUACCGAUGCUUUCGGUGCGGGCUGGCUUGGGAGUACUUGCACACCUGGGGCGACACUGCUUCAAGGAGGAUGCUACGUUGACCUGACUUCAUCGGCAUGCGGACGGCCAGGAGCUGUGAGCUGUACAGAGUUGGCAUCUGGAGUUGACAAAGCCUGCUGCCCACAAUACACCACUUGCGCCCCUGGAUACAACGCUUCAACAUCGUUCGUUAGAUGCAACAUUCAACAAUCACGCCUGCAAGUAAUAGCUUCAUCCACAAGUAUCUUACAUGGCGCCUCCACGAACAGCCAGUCAGCGACGGAGGCGGCAAUUUCUGCGAACUCGACAAGCCUCUCCACCACAACGAAUGCGCAGGCAUCAUUGACUUCGACCUCGACGCCAGUCUUGACACCAGCACCACCUACAUCGACUACAAUAUCGCAAGGCAUCGAUCGUAAUGCACCGCAGAAUCACCAGACAAGCAUCAGCUCUGGCAUGAUUGCAGGUGUUGUAGUUGCAGCGUCUGUGGGAGUAGUCCUGCCCGUUGCGGCGUGGGUUUUGUGGAAGACGAGGUCGGGAAGAACCAAAAGUACACCUUUGGCGAGAUCGAUGGUGGAUGCAACACCACAAGAACCUCCCGCAUACAAUAACGCUUGCUACGACAGGCCGGAACUAUACACCAAAACGCCCAAGCAAGAACUGGCCGCUAGAUGGUCAAGAACGAGGUCACCGGUGGAGAUGCCGGUCGAGCGAUUUUGA